AUGGCCGCAAAUGGCGAAGAUUCUGAGAGCGACACCAUCGAUCUGAAUCCUAGAGCGAGCCUUCGCCAAUCAUCCUACAUUGAUCCCGCUACUGGCAAACGACAAAGCAAAACUUUUACCCUUCACAACUUCGACCACCCCGAUUUCUCCCGCGUGGACGACACCACUCCUUUACUGGGACAAAUCGAAGAACUAAGCCCAAGUGGCUCUUUGCACAAUCAUGGCUUGUUGGCUUCAAAAAGCUUGGAAUAUGCGAGUCGAGUCAAGCAGUUCAUGCUCUCGGAUACCGGAAAGGGAAUCUUCAAGUGUGCACUGGCAUACUUCUUGGGCAGUCUGGCUACAUUUGUUCCCAGGUUGAGCGAAUUGUUCGGCAGGCAGAACUCGAAGCAUAUGGUCGCCACGAUCACAGUGUAUUUUCAUCCUGCGAGAUCUCUUGGGAGUAUGCUGGAUGCGCUACUGUUGGCCACGUCCGCUUUCCUCUAUGUGGCCGUCGUGUCCUUCCUCAGCAUGACUAUCGCCGCUUUUUUUGCGGACACCGUCCAUCUUAUUGAGCUUGGACACGCCAUUGUUCUGGUUGUCUUUGUUGGCGGUGGUCUCGGAUUUGUUGGUUGGAUCAAGCUGAGAAAGAAUGAUCCCUUAGUGAACAUAGCAUGCUCUCUGGCAUCUUUGAGCUUGGUCACCAUCCUCACGAAAGAAGGGGCUGUUCAGGUUGGCGACUACUCCACGAAGUCUAUCUCACAGAUUCUCAAGAUGAUCAUCGCGGGUGUAAUAGCCACCAUGCUUGUCUCUGUCUUGAUCUUCCCCAUUUCGGCCAGGCACAAGUUGAGGAAAAAUCUCCUUCAGGUGACUGAUGCACUUGCCGACAUGCUUGCCCUGAUUACGAGCAGCUUCUUGUCCGGUGACGAGGGGGAACUGGAAGAUAGCGUCUUUCAGGGCAUUGGUGAGCAGCACAAAAAACUUUCCUCCACCAUUCCGCAGAAUUUGAAAGAAGCAAGAUAUGAACAUUACUUGCUGGGCACGGAGAGACAAGCCCUGAUCGAAGCUAGGCUAGCGCACUGCAUCCAGCGGAUAUCACAGAGUAUUGGCGGCCUGCGGAGUGCUGCAGCUAUGCAGUUUGUCGUUAUCAAAGAACCAGCUUUUGGUUCCGUGCAAUUCGCUGCAGAGCAAACUGCCACUCCGCGCUGGCUGGACUCUAUGGAGAAUUCUCAAGUCAGUACUGGCAAUCGAGAUUUGCUGAGCUACUUUGAACCACCCACGCCUGUACAAGGAUCAGUCAGACCACUGAGUGGCUCGUUACCCCGGCCAACAAACCCGCCGUUUCGAUCGCCGGCGCAAAUAUUUGAGCUUUUCAUUCAAAACCUCGGCCCUUCCAUGAGGUCUCUGGCUUUCACCCUGAAGGAAAUACUGGAUGACUUCCCAUUUGACGCCUCAAAGCGUUACGCGGUCGCAACAAACCCCAAAUUUAAACCGAGCCUUGAUCGGGCAUUAGAGUUGUACAAACAGUCUCGACGAGACUCAAUCCUUGUUGUGUAUGGCCAGAAAGAUAUGGAUCGAUCUCGACCAAUCCCUGUUCAAGCGGAUUGGGAGGAUGCCGCUGCUUGUUGUGGUCACUUUUCAUUCUCCCUGGUAGAAGUGGCCGAAUCCGUGAAAGAAUAUCUGAUCAUCCUCGACGAGCUGCAACUCGAGGUUGACGAGCACCCUGCGGGGAAGACGUGGAACUGGCUGAAGUUUUGGCGAUCACCAUACAGCCAAACAGAGCUGGCCGGGCUCGAUCCCGAUUUUGUCAAAUUGGCUAAAAGGUCUGAUGAACUCGACGUCAAGUUUAGUGACAAGCAACUCAAGCUAUCUCCGCAGCAUGAUGUGCCUCAGUGGCCCGAUCAGCCUCGCUUCAAACAAAUCUUCUUUCGCUAUCUCCACGCUGCAGCAUCUUUUCUCCGACGUGAUGAUAUCAGAUUUGCCAUAAAGGUCGGGCUGGGUGCCAUGUUGUACGCACUCCCGAGUUUCAUCCCAUCCACCCGCCCAUUAUACCAGCACUGGCGAGGGGAAUGGGGCUUAGUGUCUUACAUGCUUGUGUGCAGCAUGACAAUCGGGGCGUCAAACACGACGGGCUACUCGCGAGUGCUCGGAACCUGUCUUGGAGCUGCUCUUGCAGUGGCUGCGUGGGAAAUUUCACACGACAACCCCUUCGUCCUGUGCCUAUUUGGGGUUUUCAUGGCGUACUGGACUGCAUACAUGAUCAUUGGGAAAGGCAAAGGCCCAAUGGGACGGUUCAUCAUGUUGACAUACAACCUCAGUGCCUUGUACGCAUACAGUCUUGCUGGCCGCGACGACGAAGAUGAUGGAGAUGAAGAGGACGCCGCGAAGAAUCCUUUGAUCCUUGCAAUAGCCGGACAUCGGGUGGUUGCUGUGAUCUCCGGUUGCAUUUGGGGACUGAUCAUUACACGCGCAGUCUGGCCCAUAUCGGCCAGGCAGAAACUGAAAGAUGGCCUUGCACUGUUGUGGCUUCGCAUGGGCUUGAUCUGGAAGAGGGACCCACUAGCCACCUUGACCGAGGGUGUUCCCCCACAUCGAUAUAUGAACCUGCGCGAGGAAUUCUAUCUGCAAAGAUUCCUGGCUAAGCUCCAAGGUCUGGCAGAGGCUUGUAAGAGCGAAUUCGAGCUCCGGCGGCCGUUUCCACAUGCGAUCUACGGUCGGAUCCUCAAGAACACCGAGCAAAUGCUUGAAUCGUUCCACGCAAUGAACGAGGUGAUCCUCAAAGAUUUGAACACAUCACCUGGAGAAGAAGCACUCUUGAAAGCCACAGCCAAUGAGCGAGCACAGCUGUGCCGACGAAUCAGUCACUUGUUCAGCGUUCUUGCAAGUUCCAUGAAGUUGGAAUAUGCCAUCACGAGUGACGCUUUGCCCAGCAUUGAACAGACGCGGGACAGGCUCCUGGCAAGGAUUUUCGAGUAUCGGCAGAGUGAUGCGCAGGAACAAAAGACUAAAGACGAGGACUACAGUCUCUUGUACACAUAUGCCCUAGUCACAGGCCAGCUAAGCCUCGGAAUACAGGAUGUGCUGAAAGAGGUAGAAAAUCUCUUUGGUGUCCUUGAUGAAGAGGCAUUGCGACUUCAGUAG